CCACUCCUCCUCUUGUUAAAAGUCAAAUACCCCGAAUUUACGACAGUAAAAGGCAGGCAAUCCAGGAGGAAGAAUUUGAAGAAUUAGGGUUUGUGAAAGCCAUUCAUUCAUUCAUUCUAAGAGGAGGGGAAAGAAGAGGGCUAUAGGUUAUGGGUAUGAUGGUUAUGAGGAGGAUUUGUGAAGGGCCGUAAUUGGCUGCACUGUUUGCUCUGAGCUAAAAUUUAUUAAUGCGUAAGUUGCGCUCGGGCACGGCUUGUGAUAGUGUUAGCUGUGCUUGCUCAGCUUUGUUCUCGCCUCGACUGCAGCAAUUUUACUUACUCUUGCUCUAGGGUUAAAAUUUGGGAUUUUGGAAAUUUUCCCUUUUUGUUUUUAAAUAUAUGGAUUUGACUUGGUUUUGAAAGCACAGGGUGGCAUGACCAUGGCUGUCUCGAUAAUCGAAUGUUCCUUCUGUGCACCAUUUUCAAACCUGGAGAAGGAGUAGCGUUUGUCGGCCUGCCGUGUUGUAACCUACGUCCCCAGUUCAAUUCCCACUAGUCCCAGUCCUAGUCUUAGUCCCAGUUCCUGUUCACACUACGGUUAGAUUAAUCCUAUCCAGUAGAAGUAGCUCGCCUUUAAGUUUAUUUAUGUGGUUAUCCAAACUCUAGCGUUGUCCCUUCAAUUAAUGCGCCACGUCUUCUUCUUGAAGGAGGGAGAAAAGAGAGGUGCAGGGAAAGGAGGUGUUUUGUGGGGGGGUCUGUUUUGUUUAACGCACAAUAAGAGAAGAGAAGAGCUUGAGCUUUGAUUUGAUUUGAUGAGCGAGGUGGGUGUAUUAAUGGAAUCAUAAUGUUUGGACAGCAAGACUGUAACGAGUUUCCUCUGCUGCCUCGUCUUCGUAUUGUAGAGUUUUUAUUGUAGGUACCAUGAAUCGAUUGUCAUUGCAUCCGUUAAAAGUGUUUUUAUGGCGGAUUUAAUUGGAUUCAGACCGAUGCUGUCUAUAUUGUCCGCAACCGCACUGCUUAUUGUUUGUCGGAUAUGAUUGGUAAUGCAAGAAAAUUUUCAGGUUUAUGAAAUCUAGGGCUUUCGGGAAUAGUAUAUUUGUUGUCGAGUGUGAAGGAUAAUCAAUGGAAGUGCGAGGUAGAAAUUUGCAGUAAAAUAAUGGAGGUUUCAGGAGGAGGGUCGGGAGAAGAUCAGGAUGGCGCGGACCAGCAGCAUCCACGGAAGAAACGCUAUCACAGACACACAGCGCGCCAAAUUCAGGAAUUGGAAGCGAUGUUUAAGGAGUGUCCGCAUCCCGACGAGAAGCAAAGGCUGCAGCUCAGUAAGGAUCUGGGGCUCGAACCCCGCCAGGUUAAGUUCUGGUUCCAGAAUCGCCGGACGCAGAUGAAGGCCCAGCACGAGCGCGCGGACAACAGUGUGCUCCGUUCAGAGAACGAGAAGAUCAGAUGCGAGAAUAUUGCAAUUAGGGAGGCACUUAAGAAUGUAAUCUGCCCUAACUGUGGCGGGCCUUCUGGAGAAAUGUCCUUUGAUGGGCAGCAGCAACUACGCCUCGAAAAUGCACGACUGAAAGAAGAGCUGGAUCGCCUGUCUAGCAUUGCAGCAAAGUACAUUGGGCGACCGAUUCUCCCGCUGGGGCCUUUACAAUCAAUUCCAAUGCCGUCUGUGGACUUGUCUAUGGGGGGCUAUGGGAUGCCGAAUGCGGGUCCAGGGCCAGGGCCGGGGCCUUCAUCUAGUGAUAUUCACAGCUUUUCUGAUAUUGCGCCGUCGAUGCAAACAACAGCAGGUUCCGUGACAGAACUGGAAAAAUCUCUAAUUGUGGAGCUGGCAAUGAAUGCAAUGGAGGAGUUGGUCCGCCUGGCAGAGACUGACGAGCCCCUCUGGGUGAAAAAUGUCAACGACAGCAAGGAAGUUCUAAGUUUGGAAGCCUAUGCCAAGAUAUUCCAUAGAGCAGCGGAGAUCAAGUCUUACAGUGACAGAAAGGAAGCCACCCGGGACUCUGGUUUAGUUAUCAUUAAUGGAAAUGCCUUGGUCGAUAUAUUCAUGGACGUGAAUAAGUGGAUCGAAAUGUUUUCAACAAUGGUGUCGAAGGCCAGAACCAUGGAAGUUCUUGCCUCUGGGAUGCCCGGUACCAAACAUGGUUCAUUGCAGCUGAUGUGUGCGGAACUACAGGUUCUUUCUCCCUUGGUUUCGACGCGGGAGAUUUACUUCCUUCGUUAUUGCCAGCAACAUGCGGAGGGAGUGUGGGCAGUUGUGGAUGUUUCUGUAGAUAACGUGAGAGAGAUGAGUCUGAAUAUCAAUCAACAAUCAUCAUCACCGUCUCUUUUACGCUGCCGCAGGCUCCCCUCUGGCUGUGUUAUUCAAGAUAUGCCCAAUGGUUAUUCCAAGGUGACUUGGGUGGAGCAUGUGGAGCCCGAGGAUCGAGGCGUACAUCGCAUGUACAGGCAUCUGCUUAACAGCGGAAUGGCAUUCGGUGCGGGGCGCUGGUUGGCCACUCUUCUGCGGAUGUGCGAGAGGUUGGCCAGCCUUAUGGUCACCAACAUCUCUGCAAGAGAGCUUGGAGUGAUACCCUCCCCGGAGGGACGGAGGAGCAUGAUGAAACUGGCACAGCGGAUGAUGAGCAGCUUCUGCGGCAACGUCAGCGCCUCCUCCACGCACAGGUGGACUACGUUGUCCGGUUCAAACGAGGACGGAGUUCGAGUCACCACCAGAAAGAGCACCGAUCCAGGCCAACCUAGCGGGGUUGUUCUCUGCGCUGCUACUUCGCUUUGGCUUCCCAUUCCUCCCAAUCGUGUCUUUGAUUUCUUCAGAGAUGAACAAAUGAGAGCUGAGUGGGAUGUGCUGUCGAGCGGGAACACAGUGCAGGAGGUUGCUCACAUUGCCAACGGAGCGCAUCCCGGAAACUGCAUAUCGCUCCUCCGGGCAUGCAAUGCAAGCCAGAACAACAUGCUGAUUCUCCAAGAGAGUUGCACUGAUGCUUCAGGCUCACUGGUAGUAUAUGCUCCUGUGGAUGUGUCUGCAAUCAAUACAGCAAUGAGUGGGGAAGAUCCUUCCUACAUUGCCCUCCUUCCCUCAGGUUUCGCCAUCCUGCCAGACGGUUCAGACAACAAGGGACUCUUAUUGCAGGCAUCGACCAGUGAAGUUAACAGCAGCGGCUUUGAUAUGAGCACUCGCAACGCCAAUCACCAGCAUGUAGGAGGGUCAUUGAUCACUGUGGCAUUCCAAAUUCUGGUCAGCAACUUACCAUCAGCAAAGCUCAACCUAGAGUCGGUCACAACUGUAAAUAACCUGAUAUGCAAUACUGUGCAGCAAAUCAAAGCUGCAUUGCAUUGCUCUGAUGCCUGAUAAUUAUUAUUGUUAUUACCAUAACUGUACAAUUUGACAAGCCCUCAUUUCCGAUUGCAUGGAGGACGAAUCAACAUGUAAUGAUGCAUUGCAUUGCUCCCAUUGAGCGGAAUGUUGAUUUAUCUUCCUUCCUCAAUAAAAGAUGGCAACCUUACAAUAUGCCAUGCACUCAGAAAAGAAUAUAUGUGUGCCAAUUGGGGUAGAUACUUGAAAUGGGUGUAAGGAAGGAAGGAAGGGGCCUUCAGCUUUCACGGGGUAGUCAAGAACGCACCACAGAUUCUAUCCUUGCUGUGUGGUAAAGCUCUCGAGAUUUUCCUUUAUCAUGCAGUCCAAAUUCCCUUUUUAAUUGCGGGAAGGGAGAGCCGGUAUACCCUAGUUUAUGCAUGUGCUUCACCACUCAGCAAGGGUAAUGGUUCGGGCAUUGACUUCCUCUCCAGAAUGUCAGAGAAACAAAUUGGCAAAUUGCAAUGAAAUCACAAUCACUGGUAUGAUUUGACAAUUCA